AUGGGGGUCCAAAUCCCCAUACUAGAAGCCGAGUCCAAGGCCAGCUCUCACGACUUCCUUGCUGAUGCUGCCACCGCUGCACAAGAGAAAACCCCAAGCACAACAGGCUCUAUGCUGCGCGUAUCAUUAUGGGCCGCGUUUGCCGCGUGGAUCGCAAAUUUCGACAACGCUUAUGCCGGUACUGUCUUGAUCAUGCCGUCUUACAAGCGAGCAUUUGGAACCUGCGAACGAAUCCUAGAUACGACAACAUACAACAAGGUUGAAAGCUGCUCGUUAACCCCACUACAGCAAUCUUUGAUUAGCCUGAGCUAUCUGUUCAUUGCCAUCGGCGGCGGGGUUUCGGCCUUAACAAGCCAUCACUGUGGACGCAGGGGUGCAAUCCAGAUAGGAUGCAUGCUAGCUAUUAUUGGGGCUGCUGGAAUGCUUGGCACAAGUGGAAGCUUUCUCCAAUACAUCGUGUGCAAGUGUAUCAGCGCAGUGGGUGUUGGUCAGCUCAUGGCAUCUAGUGUCACAUAUAGCUCGGAAUGCAUUGUUGCCAGCAAGCGUGGGAUUUCUCUGGGACUCUACAAUGUUGGACUUGCCAUGGGAAACGUGGCAUCUUCUGCAGUUUGUGCUGGCUCUGCCCAACUGGAGCCACAUAACAAUUGGCAGUGGAAAACACCUAUUCUGUGCCAGAUCCCGUUGGGUCUCAUCCUCGGUACUGGAAUUCUAAUGUUUCCCGAGUCUCCACGUUGGUUCAUGGUUCGCGGCCGAGAAGAGGAAGCGCGCCAAUCAUUCGGUGUUCUUCUUCGCCAAAACCCAUACUCGCCCGACAUUACUGCUCAGAUUGAUAACAUCAAAGCAAAUCUUGCGCAAGAGCGCGAAGAUGCGAAAAAGGUCUCUUGCCUUGAUAUAUACCGCAAGAAACACAUACGUCGCACUCUGAUCUCUGGGUUCAUUAUGGUUGGUAUGACCAUCUCUGGUAUCCAGUUUGUGCAACCAUACGCUACAUUGUUUUUGAAAGGCGUCGGCAUCAGGAACCCAUAUCUGAUAAACGUCAUCAUUGGCCUAUGCAUUCUGGGAGGAUCGUUACUCGGCCCAUUUAUCGUCGAAUAUGGCGGAAGAAGAGUCGCCAUUAUAUCAGGUUACAUCGUCAUGGCCACCUGCAUGCUUGUUCUUUCCUCGGUAAACACGGUCCUUGGCAUGGAUGACUCUGCAAAAAUUGUGAUUGUUGUUCUUCUUUGCCUGUGGGCUUUUGUUUUUGGUGGGACUAUUGCAGCAAGCGCCAACUUGUCCGCCGUUGAAAUGCAUAGUGUCUCGCUUCGCACCUAUGGGCAAGCAAGCACGACGAUCCUCUACGGUAUAUUCACCUUUGCUGCAAUAUUUUGGACCCCUUAUAUGCUUAGUCCAUACUAUGGAGAUAUGGGUCCAAACGUGGGUUACUUUUAUGCUGCAAUCACUAUUGUCAUAGCGGUCAUGACUUUCUUGCUAGUACCGGAGACUGCUUGCUUGACACUGGAGCAAAUCGACAAUCAAUUCAACUCUGGGAUCAAAGCAUGGAAGACGUCAGUGGUGAAGAACAAAGCCAUCGCUUUCUCCGAGAGGGGAGGUUCGGCACGCAGAGAUGCAAAAGUAUAG